AUGAACCAGACAAAAGUGGUGGUGAUCAUUAUGUUGGGUUUUCAGAAUCCUGAGAUUUUUAACUCCGUUCUGUUUGUUCUGUUCCUUGCCAUCUACAUCUUGACGUUAGUCGGGAACCUGCUGAUUAUUGUAUUGGUGGCAAAGUUUCAGAGGCUGAAAUCUCCCAUGUAUUUUUUUCUCACUCAGUUAUCGGCGUGCGAUAUCUUUCUAUCCACAAUUAUAGUCCCCAACAUGCUCCACGGCAUAAUGGCAGGAGGAAGCUUAAUAUUUGUAUCCGGCUGCAUUACUCAGCUGUACUUUUAUUCUGUUUCAGAAGGUGCAGAGUGUUUCCUUCUCACAGUGAUGUCCUACGACCGGUAUUUGGCCAUUUGUCACCCGCUGCGAUACACGUCCAUCAUGGAUUUUAGGCUCUAUUUCCAACUAAUUGUUUUUUCUUGGCUUUUAGCAUGUAUACUAACAUUUAUCAUGCUACCCCCACUUUCGUCUUUACAGUUCUGUGGUCAUGUCAUUGACCAUUAUUUCUGUGAUCUUGCUCCUCUUGUAGAGUUGUCUUGUACAAAACAUACUCUUGCUGAAUUUUUAAACUUUAUCUUAGGUGUACCUUCUCUGACCGUCCCAUUCUCCUUAGUUAUUUUCACUUAUAUUUCCAUUUUUAUCACCAUCCUUGGAAUCUCCUCCAGCACCGGGAGGCAGAAAGCCUUCUCCACCUGCAGCUCUCAUUUGACUGUCGUCUGCGUCUACUAUGGGACUCUUAUAACAAUUUACCUUGCCCCCACCAAAGGGGAUUUACUCCUAAAGUCUAUUCUAACCGCACACAAGGGUGUCAUCCGAAACUCUCCGAGCAAUAGUCCCUAUAGGGAAGGCUGUUUCAGCACUGUCCGUUCUCAGACUGAGAUUAUUCAGGGUAUGGCCAGACAUGGGUCUCUGGAUCGCUGCAUGUCGAGAGAUAUCAGCCAUACAACACUGACACGGCUUAUGAGAGGCUAA